GAUCCGCGAUGUGGAUGUCACAUUCUGUGUGCAGUCAAUUGCCGGUUUUACCCAUUGAUCCCAAGGGUUCUGAGUCCCUUGUUUCUCUGCUUCCGUUCUUCUCUUUCACUUUACCUUUCAGCUCUCCAUUUUCUGCUUUCCUCAACCGGGUUUUCCUUGGCCGUCGUUGUGCGCUCUGAUUUCUCUCAAUUUCUUCCUUUUCGUUUCGCGAAAUAAUCUCCGGCGAGACACGAUCUUUGAUUUUUGCAAUCAUUGUUGGCUCUUCUUGUCUGUUUUUGGCUGCCAUCCGUACGUUGGAUCGUCAUUUUCUUUUGAAUUUCAGGGGAUUCAGGUUUUUAUUUUUUUGGAACUUUUGUAUGCAGCUUUGGAAGACAUUUAUGCGUAAGCUGGAAAAUGCCACCUGAUGUUUUAGCGCCGUCGUUUUCCGAAGCCCUCUCAAGGGGAAUAUCCAGAAGAUAACAGGAGGGCAAUUCAACAAUGUUCAUGCAUAAGGAAUCCAUGGCCUAAGAGAAACCCAUCUCCAGGUUCAUCAUAAAUUGACAAUCAAGCCCCGUGCAGCUAAGGCCUCAAAAAGCUAUAUCGAGCACUAUGGAAGACGCGAUAUCAUCAACUUUUGUUUCAGGCUGGGCAUGGCUCCCGAGCGACCUUCUACAUUUGAUUGUAGAAAAGUUGAUACCAACCUCUGACUAUAUCCGAUUUGGUGCAGUUUGUAAGCAUUGGCAAUCAGUCGCUUUGCUUCAGAAGCAGCGGCGCCUCAAAUCACAUCAACAACAGCUUCCAAUGCUGAUUAUUCCCAGCAAAGACAACAUCAAUGAUAGGCGUGGCUUGUAUAGUGUCAUGCAUGGUAAGAAUUGUGGCUUUGAGUUGUAUGUGCCUUACAACAACAGGUGCUGCGGUUCUUCCCACGGUUGGUUGGCUUGUGUGAAUGACAAUUUCGGGGUAAAUCUCUUCAACCCUUUUAUCAAACGUACCAUUCUCCUUCCACCAGUAACCAAAGUCCCCCAGGACAUACGAAAACAUGCUUAUAGAAGAGAUCACUACAUUAAGAAGGUUGUAUUGUCUGCAGACCCUUCUUUGUGUCCAAAUGAUUACGAGGUUGUGGCACUUUUCGAUUGUAAUGGAACCAGAAUAGCUCAUAUCAAGUCAGGGGACAAUGCUUGGACUCACAUAGAUCAAACAAUCAGAUAUUUUUAUGGUCUGCAUCAAAUAAUAGGAUUCGAUGAUGUACUAUACUAUAGAGGCCAGUUUCUUGCUGCUAGUCGGGAGGGUGGAGUUUUUUCGAUUAACAUUAGCAAUGACUCAACUCAUAAGCCUCAUGUAAGUAUAGUUUUACCAAUAGUUCCAAGUAUUGAUGACAAAGCAUACCUUGUGGAAUCGUCCCAGGGAGAUCUUUUGCUGGUCAGGAAGUUCCAAAGUUUGAAUUACAGCGAGUGUUUCAUUGAAAACUUUAGCUUCAAGGUUUUCAAGCUGUUCAGUGCUUCCGGGGGUAGAACUGGACCCGAAUGGAUCGAGGAGAUUGAGAGUAUUGGAGAUGAUGCUUUUUUCAUGGGUGACAACCAGUCCAUAUGUGUCUCUGCUUCAGACUUUCCAGGAUGUCAGCCGAAUUCCAUAUACUUCUGCAUUGAUGAUCGGGUGGGUGUGGCUUAUGAGGAAGCUCAAGGAUCUCUUGACAUGGCAGUUUUCAAUUUGGAAAACAGAAGAUUCGGAAGACGUUACUACUGCUUAAGCCGUUCGCAGAAGAACAUGCCGCCAUCUAUUUGGAUUUUGCCCACCAUGGUGUGAAAACGAUGUUUUGUAUGACAGAAUAACUUCAAGCUCUUCCAUGUGAUGGAAUAAUUUGAAGCUCUAUAUUUCAUUUGUGAGUCUAAUUGUAAGCUUAUGUUAAUAGUUAUGUUUUUUUUCCUUAUAAAAACGAUAUUGGGGGAGGAAAAUACGAACACAGAACCUCGGCUGCAAGAGUAAACACA